UGGGGGCCUUGACUGUCUUAACUCACAGAUCUGCCUUCCUCUUCCUCUUUGAGUACUGGGACUAAAGUUCUGUCUGUGUGAAGUCUUACUUAACCUUUUAAUGGAAGGGUACAUUUUUGUUAACCUUUAGCACGCACUAAUGUUAGGGACUGUGUGUGACAUUUGGUGACAGCAUGCUUUCCUAGCAUUCACCGGGCCCUGGGGCCUGUCUUCAGCCAUGUCAACAGGUCAAGUGGGUAAGUGCUAAGCAAGACAUACUACAGGGCGGGCCUCCUGUGUGUGUCACUGCACUAAGGAACCCCCUCCCCCCCCUUUUUUUUCCUAGUCAGGAUUUCUCUGUAACAGCCCUGGCUGUCCUGGAACUAGCUCUAUAGACCAGGCUGUAGACCUUGAACCCAAAAGAUCUGCCUGUCUCUGCCUCCCGAGUGCUGGAAAUAAAGGCGCACACUCCACCCACACACACAUUGAAGCCUUUUUGUUUUGUUUCCCUUUGAGAUAGGGAAAGCCCUAUGUAGUCCAAAUCGGCCUGACUAUCCUGCAUCGACCUCCCAAGUGCUGGGAUUAGAGGCCUGUGCUGCCAUCCUCUGUACAAGUAUUUUCUCUGUUUGGAUAUUUCUACUUGCAAAAUUAGGCUACACACCCUUUAUGCUUGGUAUUAAAGCUCCUUGGGAAAGCUCAUCCCAGUGCUGCUCCAAGCUCUAGCCUUAUUCUUCAGGGAAUGCUCCAGGUUUAAACCAGACUGGGCAUGGUGGUCCAUGUAAUCCCAGUACUUAGGAAGCAGGCAAGAAGACUGGAACAAGUUUGAGCCAGUCUGUCUCACACGUGGCUGAGUCAAAAGUAGCACUCAAUCCGAAGAGAAGUAAAAGGUCAUUGCCAUGCGUGGUGGUGUCUACUGGUAAUCCCAACACAGGAAGGCAGAGGCAGGCGUGCAGAUUAAGGGUAGUCGGGGCUGUGUAGCAAGACUUUAAAAACAACAGUGUGCUCCUUUCAGAGUUGGUGUUUCCAGGCCCUAGAGAUGGAUGGAUCAUGUUGAACACUUGCUGCUCUUUCAGAGGACCAGCGUUCAGUUUCCCAGACUCAUACUGACUCACAAGAGUCUAUAACUCCAGGUCCAGGGGAUCCAAUGCCCUUUUCUGACCUCUGAGGGUGUAAGACAUUCCUGUGGUACACACCGCCAGCCAAAGAUCCAUACACAUAAUUUGUUGGUUUGUUUUUCCAGACAGUAUUUCUCUAUGUAGCUCUGACUGUCCUGGAACUCGCUUUGUAGGCCAGACUGUCCUCGAACUCAAGAGAUCCUCCUGCCUCUGCCUCCCGAGUGCUGGCUGGGAUUAAAGGUGUGCACCACCACCACCUGGCACCAUACAUAAAUCUUAAAAAUAACAAAAAGCAGCAGGAGAACUGGUUCAUCCAGUAAGGUCGUACGCUGCUUCUCCAGAAUUUGAUUUCCAGCACCCACAUCAGGUAGCUACAACAAUCUAUAACUCCAGCCCCAGGGAAAUCCAGCACCUCUGCCCUCUCUGGGCACAUCAUCCAUGUGCGCAAAUACACAUAAUUAAAAUGAAAGGCUUUGCUGAUCCCAAGCCACCCGAGCUUCCCCUAGCCUCCACCAGGUGGUAGCCCUGAUGCUGUUUUGCCCCAGUCCUCUCCCUCCUGGUCCUUGGCCUGCAUCCCGGGUUUGCAGUUGUGGUUUAUUUUUGGCAGGCCAGCCUUCCAUCACCAAGUACCAAGCCGCAGAAGUAGAAAAAGAUAGCAACUCCAAGCGUAAGUGGCUGCUCACGCCGCCGCUUCAGUCCUUCACGAUCCCCAGUCUCCCUCUGAAGGGCUCCAGGACCUUGGAAUUCUUGUUAUCUUCAUUUAAGAGCCUACAGGGCAUAACGAGGCCCUUGAGGUCCCCCUGAGACCUACCUGACCUGAGCAUGACCCGGGAUGAGGCUCUCCCUGACUCCCAUUCUGCACAGACCUUCUAUGAGAACUAUGAGCCCAAGGAGAUUUUGGGCAGGGGAGUCAGCAGUGUGGUCAGGCGCUGUAUCCACAAACCCACCUGCCAGGAAUAUGCAGUCAAAAUCAUCGACAUCACAGGCGGAGGCAGCUUCAGCUCCAAGGAGAUACAGGAGCUUCGGGAAGCCACACUGAAGGAGGUGGACAUCCUGCAGAAGGUCUCUGGACACCCCAACAUCAUACAGCUGAAGGACACUUACGAGACCAACACUUUCUUCUUCUUGGUAUUUGAUCUGAUGAAGAGAGGGGAGCUCUUUGACUACCUCACUGAGAAGGUCACCUUGACUGAGAAGGAAACCAGAAAGAUCAUGCGAGCCCUGCUGGAGGUGAUUUGCACCCUGCACAAACUCAACAUUGUCCACCGGGACCUGAAGCCGGAGAACAUCCUUCUAGAUGAUGACAUGAACAUCAAGCUCACAGACUUCGGGUUUUCCUGCCAGCUGCAGCCAGGAGAGAGGCUCCGAGAGGUCUGCGGGACCCCCAUUUAUCUGGCCCCUGAAAUCAUCCAGUGCUCCAUGGACGACAGCCAUCCUGGCUAUGGGAAGGAGGUGGACAUGUGGAGCACUGGAGUCAUCAUGUACACACUCCUGGCUGGCUCCCCACCCUUCUGGCACCGGAAGCAGAUGCUGAUGUUGAGGAUGAUCGUGGAUGGCAAAUACCAGUUUGGCUCACCUGAAUGGGAUGACUACUCAGACACAGUGAAAGACUUGGUGUCUCGCUUCUUGGUGGUGAAACCCCAGGACCGCUGCUCGGCAGAGGAGGCUCUGGCGCACCCCUUCUUCCAGCAGUACGUGGUGGAGGAAGUGCGGCACUUCAGUCCCCGAGGAAAGUUCAAGGUGAUCUGCCUAACCGUGCUGGCCUCGGUAAGGAUCUACUACCAGUACCGUCGGUUGAAGCCCAUAACCAGGGAGAUCGUCAUCCGAGACCCCUACGCCCUGAAGCCUCUCCGUAAGCUCAUCGACGCCUACGCUUUCCGAAUCUACGGUCACUGGGUGAAGAAAGGGCAGCAGCAGAAUAGAGCCGCCCUCUUCGAGAACACACCCAAGGCAGUGCUCCUCUCCUUGGCAGAGGAGGAGGACUUCUGAGGGGUAGUAGGACACCCCAACUGUGGAGUCCCCAAAGAGUUCUCUGUGUCGUUGCAAGUGGCCCUACUCUGUGCACCCCACUAAAAGCACAGGGUGUUCCCAUUAAACAGCAGUAAUUACAGCUAGGGCUGGGUGUGGUGGCCUGUGCCUGUUGUCCUGAGGCAAUAGGAUCCCAGGUUCCAGGACAGCCUAGUGAUGGUUGCUUCAAAAUAAAAACUGGGCUGGGAAUGUAACUCUGUGGUGAGUGUAAGGCCCCAAGUUCAACCCCUGGUAUGACAAAAGUAGAUAGAUAGAUAGAUUAAUAGAUAGAUUAAUAGAUAGGUGAUAGAUGAUAGAUUGAUAGAUAGAUCGAUCCAAUGCAGCAGAGGCCGUGCCAGGCAGGAGUGGGAGGGCAGAGAGCACAUGUGCUUUGGGAGCUAGAGGCCUCCUGGCUUCUCUACUGUGCACCUUCACCAUGGUCUUGGGUUCUUUCUCCUUUUUAGACUUAUGUAUUUUGUGUGUGCUUCAUCCAGCUGUUUAUUAUGUGCACCCCCUGCCUGCAGUACCUGUGGAGGCCAGAAGAGGGUGUCAGAUGCCCUGAAACUGAAGUUCCGGAUAGUUGGGGACAUGUGGGUGGUAGGAACUGAACCCCUCUUCUGCAAGCACAAGUUCUCUUAAAUGCUAAGCCAUCUCUCCAGCUCCUGUCUCAGUUUCUUUAGGGGCCCAAGGUUACUGAUAAUUGAGGAAGUGGAGGCAGGAUGAUCAGGAGGAGCUCAAGGCCAUUCUUGGCUACACAAGGAGUUUGAGGCCAGCCUGCACUAUAUGAGACCCUGUCUCAAACAAUUUAAAAAAGUGGACUUUGCUGGGCAGUGGUGGCGCACACCUUUGAUCCCAGAACUCGGGAGGCCCAGGCAAAUCUCUUUGAGUUCAAGGCCAGCCUGGUCUACAGAGUGAGUUCCAGGGCAGGCUCCAAAGCUCCAGAGAAACCCUGUCUCGAAAAACAAACAAACAAACAAACACCCAAACAAACAAAAAAAUCAAACCUUUCCGAUACACAAAUGCAGAGUUUAUUGACUUCAUGAUAUCCAUCGACACCAUGGGAACCAGUGCUUCUCCAGAGACUGUUUGCAUGUUUGCAGAGGUACAUGGAAGCCCCUAUAAUAUUAACACCCAGAGGAGAAGCUUAUGGCAUUUGCCCUCCUAGGAGAGCUUGAAACUUGUUACUCCCACAAUGCACAGCUUCACCUGGUAAAUUAUUUGCUCUACUACAGUGUUUUAAUACUGGGCCCUGUGUAUAACUGCAGCACUCAGGAAGCUGAGG